AUUGGGGGACUUCCCGGCGGCUCUCUGAAAACGAAAGGGUGUGGCUCUGGGACUCGCCCCAAGAUCCACGGAAGCAGGGGCGGGCACUUCCGGGGGCGGGUCCGGUUGUGGCGGGGUCGCGAUGUCGUGGUUGAGGGCGGCGUGCGCGAGACCCGGGCAGGACGGGGACGUAUUCGACGACGAGGCAGACGAGACGCUACCGGCGCAGCGGGAGUGGAAGAACCGCGUGGAGCGGCGCGUGCGGGAAGGUUAUAGAGAUGGUGUGGAUGCUGGGAAAGCCGCUGUCCUUCAGCAGGGCUUCAAUCAAGGUUAUAAGGAGGGUGCUGAAGUCGUUGUUAGCUAUGGGCAGCUCAGAGGAACCUUAAGCGCUCUGCUUUCCUGGUGUGGCCAUCAGGACAGUGGCUCACCUUGGAUCGAGCCCCUGAGUGACCUUCUGGACGCGGUGGGCCAGUGUGAGCAGUCGACGCUCCAGCGCCUGACGGCCGUCACUCCCCAGCCCCACGUGGCAGAUUUGUUGGAUUCCAUCCAGGACAUGGACCUUUGUCCUUCAGCCCCAGCCCGUGAAAAGAGCGAAGAGGAAAGCCUGGAGAGGUCUGGUGCCGACUUGAACACAGACUGCCGCCAGGAGGCCGGCUCCAGCGGCGGUCCCCAUUCUCCAGGUCAUAGAACACAGAGGGGGACGUGUCCUGCAGAGCUGAGCUUCUCCUGGAUUGUAGAGCAAACUGCCAGCAUCGUGGAGCAGCUGGGCUUGUCCUCGGACAUCCUGCAGAACGUCGAGCGACCAGGAAACUAGCUUCACUUUUUCAUCACAAAUAAUAUUUUUAAAUCCAUUUUAUAGAACUCACUUUAUUUUAUCAGCAGUCGGACCAAAAUAUUUAUUGAAUUCUGCUUUAGUCUACUCGGCUGUUACUGACGCGCUUGAAGACAUUCCAACUUGAUGCAGCAGAGGCUUGUCUCUCCGUGUCCCCACCCUCUGCACCUGCCCUUCACUUCCCACUGUACCUGCUGUCUUGAUCAAGUAAUGGCGGUCUCUGCUCCCUCGUCUUAUGAAUGAGGAAUUGGGGUGGGGGGGGGGAAUCCCUCAAUCCCAGGAGAGUUUUCCCCCAGCUCUUUUGUAAUUAUGAGUCUAAUGCGCUUUUGCAAGCGCAUUCUCAUUAUAACACCACCAUUGGGUAGUUACUGUGAUUCUCAGCCUUAAUAACAAAAGUGGACCAGGCUAGGCACACAUUUGUCCCAUUAUGUCCUUACUACUUAUCUCAUCACGGAGUCAGAAAUUUAUCUGCCCAGCCCCAAAUCUGGCGCACCUGAAUCAUAGGAACUUUUAUUCUGCCCAUGCGUAGGUGAGCACCACUCACAUUUCUUUAGAUCGUUACAGCUUGUAAGUCGCAUCACUCAGCAGCAGCCCAGGGAAGUAGGUCACAGCAAGAUUAUGAUCCCCAUCACGUAGGUAAGAUCCCUGUGGCCACACAGUACCUGGUGAUCUUAGACUCGAGCCGAAGUGUUCUCCAGCCAUUCUGGCACGCUACCCCAAACCACCCCGGUAAAAAUGGGAGCAAUGGUAAAUGCCACUCCUGACAUUGGCUUGCUUAGCUUUACUCCAACCGAAUUAGUCAUGGAAUUAGAAGAUGGCCUCCUGGUUGGCGUGCCUCACCCCGGCAGCUGCCUACGUCCUCGUCCGUUUGAAUCUUCUCCGUGACAGGAACUCACUACCUCGUGAGACCUUCUCAGGGUGCUCGGAUUGCCAGGAAGUCCUUAUGUUCUUCUAGCUGCCCUCUGCUGCCGCACAAAAUUAGGUCAAUCUGGGGAUGAACCACCCAAAAACCAUAGACCCACCUGCAAUCUUUGGUUAACUUCAGGGUGGACCUUGUUACCUUUUCAUUUAAGCAAACAAAAUGGGGCAGGGAUUUUGAUGGCCAUCAGCGACCACAAGAUGGGAAGACUUUUCUGGGAUUUUGUGUGACUGACCCCUCUCUGAGCCACAGCAUGGCAUGGUGGACAGUGCCUGGCCUGGAGACAGAAGACACAUGCAGGCCCCUCCUUAUCUCGAGCCCAUCGCCGCCUCGUUGGCCUGACUGUCACAUCCCCCACGUCUGCAUCCUUCCCUGUGCACGAGGAUGCUAGUGGCCGCCAUAGGCUCUUGUGGCUCUUGGAGUGAGGUCAUCUCCCCAGCGCCAGCCAGCGAGCUGUCCACAGUCUCCCCUGGCCCAGUGUCCUGCAGGAAGCAAUAACAGGAUUGUCUCAGUGCAGAGGAGGGCACUAGUCAGCUCAGUCCUGGUCCUCAGGCAUCCUGGGGAUGAAGCCUCCUAGCUGUCUCCCAGUCCCCUGGGAGGGUCCGCCGCAGCAGCACCUGGGUUCUAGUGAGGCUUCGGGGUCAGUCUGCAGCCCUGGCCAGUAGCUGGGGCAGUCAAAGCCUGCUGGUGGUGGCCACCCCUGCUCAGAAAGCCAACAGGGAAGGAAUGGCUGGGGUCUGAAAGGUUCUCCUUUGGCCCACCCCCCAGGCUUUGGAAAGGGAGGAAGCAAUUCUUGGCCCCUCACAUGCGGAAAUCCCAAUGCAGCCUGCUGUCUGAGGCAGAGGGCCCUGCUGAGGGAGGGUCUGAAUGCCAACAAACACCCACACACACACACUUGGCCACAGUUAGGCCAGAAAUGUUUCCCCACUAGACUGAGCUCCUCAGGGGCAAGGCUUGUUCUUUGUAUGCCCAGCAGAGGCACACAUUAGGUGCUUAAUAAAUGCUUGUUGACUAACUGCAAAUUACCUUUUUUACAUUUGAGCUCAUCAAUAAAUUCUCCCUUUGAAGCCACA